AAAAAAGAAACAAAAACAUACAACACCGGGGAUUCCCCAGUCGUCACCGACCUGAGUACUAAUCCGGCGAUCAGUAGCUUGACUCUGGGAGAGCGGACGGGAUCCCGUAUUUUCUACUGUCUAUGGUCGUAUGUGACAGUGCUUUGCAAAACCUGGGUCUAUAUCCGUAUGACUGUCAUUCAACACGCCAGGCAAGACCGAUAUAUGUGUAUAUCCUAA